CCAAUCGUCAACGUGCACCGAGUGACGUAGGUGUUGUGUACAAACAGAGGAACCGCGGCCAUUACAGCUAAACACUUGUCAUCGACAAUUUUUUUUUUUUUCAGGAUUGCAGGUGGCGGUUUUAUCAAGUGAGACAAAAUGAAGGAUCCAAGUCUCAGCUCCGGAGUACCAAAAACUGUGGUCAGCAGUGAUGUGAUCCUUAGUAGCCAGUUGGGUUCUGAGGAGAACCCAUUCGCCGAGUACAUGUGGAUGGAAAACGAGGAGGAGUUCAACAGACAGGUGGAGGAGGAGCUGUGGGAGGAGGAGUUCAUCGAGUGCUGUUUCCUGGAGAUGCUGGAAGAGGAGGAGCUGAGAGAAUGGUUCAUCCCAUCCAGAGAUCACCCUGCUCAGAUCCUCCUCCAGCUGCAGGAGCAGGUCAGCCUGCUGGUCCUGGACUCAGAAAACCACAGCGACACCGCUGACCUCGUGACCACCAGCAGCCUGAAUCCAAACGCCAAGGAGUUCACCCCCGGCAUCCAGAAACACGUCAUGUGACCCUCAGUGGGCUGUUGAUGUCACCGCAGUGACACCCCUGGAAGAAGAUUAUUGUUGGAGUUGCACUUGACCUUCAGCUGACGUGUUGCCAAAGGGUUUUUUUUUUUUUUUUUUUGCAUCUGUGGAAAUUGAUGGUCACAUCAGUGUUCAGAUUAAAUAAACCUGCAGUCUGGAUUACUUAAACCCAACAACAACAACAAAAAAUCAAAAUACAGAUAAAAGUAUUCACCCCUUUGGCCUUUGACAUUUGAAAAAAAAAUUCCAAUUUAUUGAAAUAAAAAUGUCUAAAAUAAUAAUUUAUAGACAUGAAUGGAGGUGAACAUUUAUCCAAUCACUUCUCUGUUUCACAUUUUAAAUGAAAUUUUCUAAUUAUACACAUACAUCACAAAACUAAAAAUGUAAAAGUCCAAAGUGUUGUUUACAUUUUACAAACUAAAUUAAUCUGGAGUUUUGGUUCAGUAAUCCAGAUUAAAAUCACAGGUUUUUUCCCCUCAAACACAAAUGUUCUGUUCCUCUUUUUCUUUGUUUGUUGUUUUUUUAAUGCUGUAAUUUAAAAUCCUUCUCUGUGGUUUUGGUUUGAGUCAGAUUUCUGACUUUUCACUUUAGUUUGUUUGAUCUUCUGUGUUUCCUAGCAUCCUUUGUGUUUUAAUUUGCAGCAUCACCACGUUCAUGUUUUUGUACAUUUUUCUUUAAACGCACAUCAGUACUGUAUAAAAUGUUUAAAAAAAAUCAGUUUUUCUUAGAUUAUUUGAAAAUAAAUGUUUGUGGACAAAA